AUGUCUACUACUUCUACUUCUAUUAAUAAUAAUUAUAUUUCUAUUAUCGUACCUGUAUAUAUCACAGAUGAUAGUAAUAAUAAUAAUAAUGUAGUAUUAGAAUACUUUAAAUUGUCGGUUGAAAGUAUCAUCAAACAGACAUUUACAAAUUGGUUGUUGAUCAUUGUCGAUGAUGGGUCGUGGAAUGCAGACUUGACAACAUACCUUCAUCAACUACGCAACCCGCGUAUUAAAAUUGUCGAACUACCACAAAACAUGGGUGUCUAUGGUGCACUCAACGCAGCUCUUGCAAUGCCGCUGGUUGCCAACAGCACCUACAUUGCUCGUAUGGACGCCGACGACUACUGUCACCCAGAAAGACUUGAAAAGCAAUUCAACUAUCUUCAACUACACCCAGACGUCGAUGUUGUAGGUUCCCCUAUAUCAAUGUACUCUCAACCAAAUAACAACAGCAGCAAGUUUGACAUUGACCAAGAAAGAGAAUCAAUGUUGAGAGAAUUAAAGUCACCUAGUAAUUUAAUAGAACAUCCUGUUGGAUUGGAUAAUGUGGCUUGGUCAAUGUUCUUUAAUUGCUGUGUUGUACAUCCUACUGUAUUGGUUCGUACAACAUCCUUGUUCAAAUCAAAUAGUGAUGGGUCGACAAAGCAAUACAAAUACUCAAACAAGUUUGGACAUGUUGAAGACUAUGCAUUGUGGUUAAAGAUGAUUGGUGAUGGUAAGAAGAUUGAUAAUAUGCCAGCUGGAACCCCACCACUAUUAGUGUUACGUAAACAUGCUCAAGGUGUGUCUCUGCAGAACCGUCAGACACAACGAGACGGUGCUGCCAAGGCGUCUAGUCACUACCUCGUCAAAAUGUGUAAGCGUGCUGGUCUGUCGGAUGAUCAAACCAGUCUUGUCACACCAGAUGUCAUCUCUGCACUCCAACACCCCGCAACGUGUGAAUCAGGAGAUACUAUUGCCAAAUCAGUCUAUGUCCUAUUGAUUAUUGAACAAGUCAUCAACUAUCUCUACCCAUCGUCCAAAGACACGACCAAAGAGAAUACAAACGGUCGGUUUGGAGAACUAGUCACAUUACUCAUGACAAAAUUCCCAUCACAUCCAACUCAACAUACAUUAUGGUCAAAAUGGAUAUCACGUAAUCCAACUUCACAAAUCAUGCAACUUUUGAAUAGUUCUAUGACUCCCUCCUCCUCCUCCUCUUCAUCCUCAUCUUCAUCAUCUUCAUCAUCUAUAUUAAAUAUUUUAAAUCCAAAUAGAUCAACUUCUUCAUCUUUACAACCAAAGAAAACUUAUAAAAAUGGAGUAUCAAUAUUGAUAUUUUCAAAGGAUCGAUCUUUUCAACUUCAAGAGUAUCUGAGAUCAUUCUUUAAAUAUCAUCAGUGUCAAUACGACCCUUUAUACACUGUUCAUAUUAGUGUGUUGUAUACAGUAUCAAAAGAAUCAUUCCAACAAUCGUACGAGACUGUCGAACAACGAUUCAAAGACAAAGGAGUACGCUUUAUCAAAGAAACCAACUUUACCAACCAACUCAAAGACUGGAUUGACAAUAUCGACACUCAACACACCGUGUUUGGUGUAGACGACAUCCUCUACUAUCGUGCAUUGGAUCUUUCACUCUACAGUCACCGUCUGUCACUUCACAACGAUGCACUUGGCUUCUACCUCAAACUCAACCCUUCCAUCACCUAUUGUCACACUUGUGAUGAACAAAUUCAAAUCCCUUCAUCUUUUACAAAAUUACAAGAUCAUCAAGUAGAUAAUAAUAAUGUAGUUGAAGAUCAACAACAGGACAAUUCAAAAGUAUCAAAUGUAUAUUAUAAAUGGAAUAGAUUGGACGGUGUUAGUAAGAGAGAUUGGAAUUAUCCAUUUGAUCUUUGUUCGACAUUGUAUCGUACCGAGACUGUGACAAUGAUAACUAAUCUCAUUAUCAAGUAUUUGGGAACCAAGCAAGGUAUUAGUCAUCCAAAUCGAUUCGAAGCCAGUGGUAACAGAGUGGUCAUUCAAAAACAGUAUUCUGAAAAACAACCAAUGUGUCUUUGUGAAAGUAGUCAUGUCAUGUCUAUGGUUACAGUUAAUAGAGUACAAGAUAUUUAUGAUAACCCUGUUUACACUGGAAAUGAGACUAUUAAUAGUGGAUCCACAGGUCAACAAGACACCGUUGAUGGUGGGUUACUCCCAACAUUAGAACAAUUAGAUCAAUUCACACAUACUUUGAAUCUUGAAAUGGAUGAUACCAAGUAUUGGAAUAAUCGAUCAGAAUUGAUUAGUUGUCAUAUCGGUCAAUUUUAUUUAAAUCAAUAA